GCUACCGCAUCUUUAAAAGUAUCUACUCGAUGGUUGUACACUGUACAGUUGGAUCGUGGUUGUUGAGAUAAUUAAUAAAAUAUGAGAAUCUUUAGUUUGUUGAAUUACCAAUUACUUUGCAUGGGUUUUAUGUAAAUAGUGGAUGAAAUCUGAACAUGACAAGAAUGAGUGAAAAUAAUCCAAAUGGAGUAGACUAAUUGAGCGAUGUGAUCGUGUUUAUGUCAUGCACGCGUUGAACGCAUUCUUAUUUUCAAAUUACGGGAGACAAUUUUUCAAUUUUUCAUUCAAAAUUACAAGGGUUAAAACAGUAUUGGCAACUAUGAGUAAGCAUAAAUUGAAUCCGAAUGCGUCGAGCGAUCAACCAGCUGCCAAAAAGGGAUACUGGGCUUUAGGAUUGAUCGAUUCUAUGAAGGACCCUGAAUUACGUGUUGAAGAAGAUGACAAAGUUGUUGUUAUAAAGGACAAGUUUCCAAAAGCUGAAUUUCACUUUCUGAUAUUGCCAAAGUUAGAGAUUUCUGGAAUCCUAAGCCUUCGAAAAGAACACGAGGACCUUUUAAAGCAUAUGGAUGAUGUGGCAAAAAAUAUGACAGAGAAAUAUUCACACAAAGAAUUUAAAAUAGGAUACCAUGCAGUUCCGAACAUGCAAAGAUUACACCUUCAUGUUAUAAGCACAGAUUUCAACAGCCCUUGUUUGAAGACCAAAGUCCAUUGGAAUUCAUUUACGAGUCCUUUUUUUAAAUCUUCACAAAGUAUUCGAAAAGAACUGCGAGAGAAUGGAAAAAUAAAAAAAAUGAGCUGCGAAGAAUGUGAUGGUUAUUUAAAACGUCCUCUACAAUGUCACAAAUGUAAGACCUUUCCAAAGAAUAUGCCAGAAUUAAAAAGGCACAUAUCUACCCAUACUUGAGCGAACAAACAUCGUGAUUGUUAACCUGUCUUCACAUUCAGAAUACUGUCAAAUUAAAAAUUCUUCAGUCGUCGCUUGUAUCAAACUGAAAAUAUUGAAAUUAUUCUGCGAUGAAGAUUCUCCAACGGUUCGCUGAUGAUGAGAUGAGCACCGAUUUCCAGCAUUACACAAUGAAGAAAAGUAGAUUUAAGAAACAAAUUUUUGUAAUGCCAUUUAUUUUGGUACAUAUUUUACUGCUAGACAAAUGAAUACGUAUAGCUAAGUCAGCUUUAUUCGAUUUGGUGGCCCGUUUGCACGCAGAUGCAGGUUCUCAUGCUAUUUGCAUACAGCAACCCUCUGAUUGGCAUAGCGUGUGAAAAAAAGAAUACCGUUUCUUCUUCUUCCCUUCUGUCUAUGAAAACUGUUUCGUGUAACAAAGUGAAGAAAUACAUUCUAUCAUCCAAUUUUAA